AUGCUGUAUGUAGACCCCGACCUCGUCCGCACCAUUUUUUUCCGUGCCCCUGAAGAGAUCAGUUAUCCCAGGGGGAUUUACAUCACUGGUUCCAGUAUUCUCGGGGGUGGUGUGAAGGCUCCAAGGAUUAAAACCAAAAAUCUUGUCAGCAUCAUUUUCUGUGAAGCUGUCGCGAUUUACGGGAUUAUUAUGGCGAUUGUCAUCAGUAACAUGGCAGAGCCGUUUAGUGGCAAUACUCCUCAGACCAUUGGAGCCAAGAAUUACCAAGCGGGAUUCUCUAUGUUUGGAGCCGGCCUGACUGUAGGAUUCUCUAACCUCUUCUGUGGCAUCUGUGUUGGUAUCGUGGGCAGUGGUGCUGCCCUGGCUGAUGCCCAGAAUGCCAGCCUCUUUGUGAAGAUCCUAAUUGUUGAGAUUUUUGGUAGUGCCAUUGGGUUGUUUGGUGUCAUUGUGGCUAUUCUACAGACGUCCAGAGUGAAGAUGGGAGAUUAGGCCGUUUGAAGACAUACAAGAGCCUCAGAAAAUCAAGAUGUUCAUAUUCUGGAAAGAAGACCAAGGCAAAUUGUACAUAAUAAUUUAUUUAACUAUUUUCCUGAUCUUUUGUUUCUGACUGUUUUUAACCCAUCAUUUGCUGGAGAGUGAUAAUGUCAACAGUCUACAGUGGUUUCUGGUUAGUUGUGCGACAGAGACCAGGUCUUGUUCAGCAGAGACAGUAUUCUUAGUCUGUACCCCUAACUUGCAGAUGUCACUCCUCAUUUGUGUUUUCUUGGAAGUUAGUGGUCAGGCAGAAUAUUUAAACUCCUGCUGUCAUGUACUGGUCCAUUUCAUGCAAUGUGAUACAACUGAGGCAAUGUCUGCCACAUGUAAGUGGUAGCAAUGAAUCUAAUGCUGCAAUCAUGCCACACUCCCAUUUGCCAAGACCUUGCCAAGUCUGCAAUGGAUGGAUUCACAUUAAACUGUCCCUGUAAAAUUUGUGUGCAUCAAGUUACAUCUUGUAGGUGUUUUGUUUCCCUUUUCAAUGUAAUGGAGAAGCUUGUGCACAAGAACUUUGAAUUGUUCAUGUUUUGUUACACCAGAAUAGUCACCAGUAAAAUAAAGGACAGAUUUCUACUUGGUGCUGUGCGCAAAGAUAUUUCAGGAAAUAUACCCAGUCGUUUUUUUCCAAACAAAGUUUUCUAGUAGUCCAGAGAAGUUUCUCAAACAGUACCACUGGUGCCCAUGCCUGGUGACAUUAUACUUGAGACCACCAGUUACUGAUUAAAAAAAAACAUCAAUGUCAGGUUAACGGUCAAAUUGGAAUUUCUGAGAAUGGUAAAGUAAAUUAUAUUCUUACACUUAAAAGCAUUUACAUGGCAUUACAAAUGAAGUGUAUGAGCACUAAUUGAGGGCACUAAUAUGCCACGUUUCCCAACUUUAAAAAAAAAUGAGGUGUGUUUGGAUUACAUGCUUUAACAAUUCCCCCAAAAGCCAUGUGGCUGUUGUAUUCAGAGUUUAUAGCAACACUCACAGCAGUUUCCAUUGAUGGUGGGUCUUUCACUCUGCAGUGCUCAUCAUGCAAAGGAUGAGCGAGCGAUUUUCACAGAUCGUGCAGCCUGUAAAAUGGAUGAUGGGUCCCUCAAACAAUUUGUGUAAAAUGAGCACUAAAUGCACUUGUUUCUGUUUUUUUAAUAUAAAAAAACUUUAAAUCUUUUAGUUGUGUAAACCUUACAGCUCAUAAAUUCUUUGUGGUUGAAGUUUAAAAAUAAAAGUUCUAAAUCCUCA